AUCAUUGCCUCUUGAAUGGAUUAUUUGCCCAAAGUCGUAGCGCUCCUGGUGACGGCCUUUGCCAUUGCCAUCCACCUCCUGACCAGAGCUAAGAAAGCAUGCCCGGCCAACUUGCCCCCUGGCUCCCUGGGUCUGCCGGUGGUUGGUCAGACACUCGGCAUCCUCCGCGCCAUGCACGUUAACAGCGUCGACCAGUGGUUUGGGGACCGGAUCAGCAGGUAUGGUCUGGUCUCGAAGUUCUCUCUGUUCGGCAAGCCGACGGUUCUCCUCGCCGGCCCGGCGGCCAACAAGUUGAUGUUCUUCGGCAGCUUGCUGCCGCCGUAUGUGCCCCUGUUCUCCCAGCGUAUUAUCGGGGAGAAGAACAUAUUGUCCCUCUACGGCGCUGAUCACCGUCGGAUCCGUGGCGCUCUAAUGGAGUUCCUCAAGCCAGACAUGCUCAAGCUGUACGUUAAUAGGAUCGACGCCGAGGUGCGGCACCACCUAGAGGAGAACUGGGCCGGCCGGACGACCGUCACGGUGCUGCCACUAAUGAAACGGCUGACGUUCAACAUCAUCUCCGCGCUAGUCUUCGGCCUUGAGGCGAGCGCCGUGCGGGACUCCUUCGCCCAUGACGUGGGGUGCAUGCUUGCAGGCAUGAUUGCGAUCCCGGUGAACCUACCGUUCACAACGUUCCGCCGGAGCCUCAAGGCAAGACAAAGGGCUCGACGGCUACUCGAGGGGAUCAUGCGGGAGAAGAAGGCGGAACAGGGGGACUCGCCCAACAAGAACCUCAUCAGCCACCUGCUCAGCAUGAGAGACGAGCAUGGCCAGCAGGUUCUGACCCAUGAGGAGAUCGUCGACAACAGCUUGAUCCCCAUGAUUGCCGGCCAUGAUACCGCGUCCACACUCAUGACGUUCAUGAUCCGCCACCUCGCCAACGAUCCGGCCACCCUCGCUGCCAUGGUUCAAGAGCAUGAAGACAUUGCAAGAAACAAGGCUGAUGGAGAGCCCCUUACCUGGGCAGACCUGUCAAAUAUGAAGUUCACAUGGCGAGUAGCACAGGAGACACUUCGCAUAGUCCCUGUAGUGGUCGCGAGCUUUAAAAUAGCACUGGAUGACAUCGAGUUUGGUGGCUACCGCAUACCAAAAGGAUGGCAGGUGUUUUGGACGGCAAGCGCAACGCACAUGGACCCGAGCAUCUUCCCCGAGCCAGCUAAGUUUGACCCGUCCCGGUUUGAGAACCUGUCAUCUACGACGCCACCGUGCUCCUUCGUCGG